AUGAUUCAGCUCUGUGGAAAUGGAACAGCCUGCUCUCUUUGUCAUUGCGGAGGCAAGAACCUGCCCAUUUACAGGUGCAGGGAGUGUUUUGGGAUAGAGAUGAUUUGUCAGAGCUGCGUGGUUGAACGCCAUAGAUGCAAUCCACUUCAUCAAAUAGAGGAAUGGAUGAAAGACUUCUUCAAGUGUGUCUCACUCAAGUCCCUUGGUCUCUGCAUUCAGCUUGGCCAUAACCCUGGUGAGAUCUGUUUGAACAAACAGAGGGCGAAUGGGGAUUAUUUUACCAUUGUUGAUGCCCAUGGGAUCCACAAAAUUGGCCUCAAUUUCUGUGGCUGCGAGAUAGCACAGAUCCAUUACAUCCAACUCCUUUGCACUUGCUGGUUCCCUGCCACAUCCUCCAAUCCUCAAACAGCUGCUACAUUUGCUGUCAUGGAGUUGUUUCAUUUACUGUCCUUUGAAUCCAAAGUUUCACCAUAUGAAUUUUACCAUAGUCUUGCCCGCCGCACAGAUAAUACCAGAAUCACACCAAUCAAGUGGCAUAACCUGAAGCUUCUCAAACGCUCAGGAAGAGGACACCACCCGAAUGGCAUUGGUACUAUGCAAGAAGAGGGAUGGGAGAAUGUGGAACCCAGGUCAAAAUGGAUUUAUGCACUUUUUCUUGCAAUUGAUGCAAAUUUCCGUCUGAAAUGGAAAGCAGUGUCAAGUGACCAGCAUGACCCCAGCCUCAAUGCUGUGUCGUCUUAUUUUGUAGAAGAAACACAGUACAAAUCUUACCUGGCUGAGCAAUUCACGGUGCCACAAGAGGUUCAAUUUCACCUCAACAUGGCAGACACCAAGUCUUCAAGAGGCCUCGCUGCGACUGGUGUAGGGACUGUGGACUGUGCUCAACACAAGAUGAAGCUCACAAGUGGAGUAGGUGAUCUUCAAAAAGGGGAGAAACUACAGUUUGACCGCAAGAACAAGACAGUGCGAUUUUUCGUGCCGAAGUUCCACAUCAAUGCCCACACCCCCGCCUGUCAGACAAAUUUCUCAUUCAAUUACUCUAAGGGUGUUGGUCGCAUGGAUGGGGAAGCACCAGAGCAAGGUUGGGCAAAUGUGAACAGGGUGGCUACCAGCACUAAGGAGAUGGGUCCCAGGGCUCGUCGCGACACACUUGAUGAUAAUUUUGGCGAUUGGAACUGGAAAAAGGUGACAACAUUCGGUCAUGUUCUAUUGCGCAAACUGAAGGAAGCUGUGGGGAGUGCCAAGCUCCACAGUGAUGAGCUAGCUGAGUUGCAGAGUGUGAUAGAUGCUGUGUCCCUGAAUGCAUGGAAAUCCGAAGUUGAGACUUGGGAAGGUGAUAGUUCACAGCCCAACCCAUUUGAGAGCCGCAUAGCAUGUGAGUGA